GCGCCCCUCGGGAGAAUGGAGGCGGGGGCGGCGGACCUCGCCCGCGGGCAGCCGGAGGACUCGGAGACUUCCCCGCGCCGGAGGGGCAGGGGUGCGGCGAGCGGAGCCCCCUCCCCCUCCCCCACACACACCCCGCGGCCAGGGCGCAGGCGCAGGCGCACGGGGUGCGGCCACGGCGGGGAGGGCGGCGGCGCGGGGCGCGGGAAGAUGGCGGCAGCGGCGGCAGCGGCGGCGGCCGAGCAGCAAAGUUCCAACGGUCCUGUAAAGAAGUCCAUGCGGGAGAAGGCUGUCGAGAGAAGGAAUGUCAAUAAGGAGCAUAAUAGUAAUUUCAAGGCCGGAUAUAUUCCAAUCGAUGAAGAUCGCCUCCAUAAAACGGGAUUGAGGGGGAGAAAGGGCAAUUUAGCCAUCUGUGUCAUUAUCCUCUUGUUUAUCCUGGCUGUCAUCAAUUUAAUUAUAACACUUGUUAUCUGGGCUGUGAUUCGCAUUGGGCCAAAUGGCUGUGACAGCAUGGAGUUUCAUGAAAGCGGCCUGCUCCGGUUUAAGCAAGUAUCUGACAUGGGAGUUAUACAUCCUCUUUAUAAGAGCACAGUGGGAGGAAGACGAAAUGAAAACUUGGUUAUCACUGGCAACAACCAGCCUAUUGUUUUCCAGCAAGGGACAACAAAGCUCAGUGUAGAAAAGAACAAAACUUCUAUCACCAGUGACAUUGGUAUGCAGUUUUUUGACCCGAGGACUCAGAAUAUCUUAUUCAGCACAGACUAUGAAACUCAUGAGUUUCAUUUGCCAAGUGGAGUGAAAAGUUUGAAUGUUCAAAAAGCAUCUACUGAAAGGAUUACCAGCAACGCUACUAGUGACUUAAAUAUAAAAGUUGACGGGCGUGCUAUCGUGCGUGGAAAUGAAGGUGUAUUCAUUAUGGGCAAAACCAUUGAAUUUCAUAUGGGCGGUAAUAUGGAGUUAAAGGCAGAAAACAGCAUCAUCCUAAACGGAACUGUGAUGGUUAGCACAAGUCGCCUACCUAGUUCCUCCAGCGGAGACCAGUUUGGGACGGGCGACUGGGUGCGCUACAAGCUGUGUAUGUGUGCAGAUGGGACGCUCUUCAAAGUACAAGUGACAGGCCAGAACAUGGGCUGCCAGAUCUCAGACAAUCCCUGUGGAAACACUCACUAGAAGAACCCGAGAGGUCACCCACGUGUUCAUAGCGUGACUUUUUUUAAGAGUGUGCAUGCAAGUCAUGUUUUUAGAGAGUUCGCGAUAACUCUCACCUACAGAGCACUACUGUACCUAUUAUGUAAUCUCCAUAUUUAAAAGAUUCUCAGCUUAAAUUUGAAUACAUUUCAUUAAGUUGCACUGAUCUUCAAAUUACAGUUCUAAAGUAAUUAUCAGAAGUGAAUACAAGCAAAAUUCAUCUUGAAAGAAGUAUUUUUAAAAUCCCGCUGUUCCUUGUCUAAAGGAUAAAGGGCUGAAGCAACCGUUCAGACUCACUCUAAGUACAUUUGGUAAAUGGGGAUGCACCCACUUAAGGGGACUGAAAGGUGCACCGUUAGUAAAUGUUACACGCUCUGUCUUUUGGCUUCUGAGAGAAUGGUCUCGGAUUUUUAGUGCAUUAAUUUUCAGCUGUGUUCUCAAUGCAAGUGAAAUCAUUAAAGAACGUCACAUAUGUGAUUGGUAAGAAA